GUCCUUCAAACUCCAGCGUUAGCGUUUCGACUGUAGUUGCACGGGGUCGUCGGCGCCAUGUGCUCUUUUCUUCCUGACGCCCAGAAUCACGCUACGGCGCUUCGAACGUCGAGGACGCGGUCGACGAAUCGUCACAGCCGCGUGGCCGUUUGUUUGGACCGAAGCGUCGGGCGGACAUUUUUUUAAUGUUAUCCCUCUGCGUUUAUAUUCAAAACUAAGGCGCACGACAUGUGAUCCAUUUCGACGCGGCGGCGUGUGCGCCAUGGAGGGGGACGUGCGGCCGUUGAGAGGCGGACGAGAAGGAAGCCAAUGAAAAACGCCUUCACGUGCGCCGUGCGCAAACACGGAAAGCCGCUUUAGAGCCGCUCGGAUGAACCGGUGUCAUUCACUGCAUCGCUUGUGCGAGUUGUUCUGUUAGUGUGGGGCGCGUUCGGUGCUAUUUUUGAAGUGCGUAGAUAUCGCGUGGGAGACGCACCGUAAGAAGCGGCACAACCGUGAUGUGUUGAAGGUCAAAGUUACCACAAAUGGAGCCGGUCUGAAUCCCAAUGCUAAAGUGUGGCAGGAAAUGCCUGCCCACCAGAAUGACAUCCCAGAGGGCACAGAAGAAUCUGCUUGGCUGCAUACCUACCCUCCUCCUGCUGAGUUGACAGAUGACAUUCCCUCUGCACUGGGUAAAGGCUGUGAUGCAGAUUAUCCCGACAGUCCUGGUGACUCCGCCUCUUUGCACACAGAGGAAAUUGGGAGUGACAUUGACUACCCAGACGUGGCGUACACAGUCUUUGACCCACAGUGUGAAUUGGCCUCUGAUGAUCUUCCUAAAAAAGAGCCCAUGUCUGAGGAGAUCCUAAGAGAGACCUUGAAGAAGCAGCUUGAGUUCUGCUUUUCCAGGGAGAACCUGUAUAAGGACCUUUACCUGAUGUCCCAGAUGGACAGUGACCAGUUUGUUCCCAUCUGGACUGUUGCUUGCAUGGAGCACAUAAAGUCACUUACCACCGAUGUGGAUCUCAUUCGACAAGUACUGGAAGCCUCUCCCAUGGUGCAGGUCGAUGAAACAGGAGAGAAGGUUCGACCUAACCACAGCCGCUGCAUCAUUAUUCUGAGAGAAGUAGAUGAGACUACGCCAGUGGAGGAAGUGGAGGCGCUCUUCAACACUGAAAACUGCCCAAAAGCAUUAAGUGUGGAGUUUGCACACAAUUGCAACUGGUACAUAACAUUUAAAUCUGACAUGGAUGCACAACAGGCUUUCAAAUACCUGAGAGAGGAAGUAAUAACGUUCCAGGGGAAACCAAUUAAGGCCCGCAUUAAAGCCAUUAACUCAUUUUUUGGUAUAAACACCUUCUGCAAUGUGGACUCAAGUGUUUACAGUCAACAAGCCCAGUUUGGCUCUCCAGUCUAUAUGCAGCAGGCAUACAGCCCUCAGCAGUCGUAUCCUCUCUAUCCUGUGGUCUCGCCAUCCUGGAAUCCUACAGUCAACCCCUCCGUCAUGUCUUAUUUUGAUACCCCUGUUGCACCUUUCCCUAACAGUGCAUUCAUGAAUGGUUACAUUAGUCCUGGGAAUUACAAAGUCAACUCCAGCUCAAACACCCAUCGACCUAUUAGCAGGAACCGAAAUCAUAUGAAAGGUCAUCAAAGGCCUGCUGAUGAGUUACCCUCUCCACCUGCGGGUACAUCAGUGGAUGGCCAUACUGGUCCCUUGAGCACCACUUCAGUACCAGUUUCUUUCUCUGUCUUCAGCUUUGGAGACCUUUCUCUCCAGCCCACUUUACCCAAUGGAGAUCUUAACAUGGGUGGACGAGCCAGGAGAGGAAGCCACAGAGGCAUGAGACGGAAAAAAGAUGAAGAACAUACCUCGAGAACCGUUCCUUUAAUAGAGGCCAAGGUAUCACCACCACCAAAAUUUGACCUGGCAACUUCCAAUUUUCCUCCAUUGCCGGGAUGUGUGGUCAGUGUACAAGGGGAAACUGUGCCAGAGACUCGCCUCUCUGACGUUGUACGUGGCCUGAAGGUGACCACCAAGACUGCGAUUCAAGGUGCUAUUGAGACUCCACAAACACCUGUCUCAGACUCCAUAACCUUGGCUGAUAAACCUACACCUGUAACACGUCAACCAGUAGCUCCCCCAAUCUCAAGUGUUGUGUCUACAAAGGAGGAAGACAAAGCUGAAGUUCCUAUGCCAAAAGGAGUAAUCUCAUCUACACAGGAUGUUCUUCCAGUGGCUUCUGAACACGCCGCCACCACCUGCACUCAGCCCACUUCUCCAAAAGUGCAGUCACCUCCCAGCACUCUAGCAUCAGAUCUGGGGUCAAGAAAGCUCAGCUAUGCAGAGGUGUGCCAGAGACUGUCAAAGGACCCGUCUCCAGUACAGAUGCCUUCUCCUCCUCCUCCUCCCUCUUCUGCCACUCAACCUUUGCAGGAACUCGAGGUCAACAGGGUUGAAGAGCCUUGGUCUAACUCAAAGCGCGCUGCAGGCAAGCCGGAGCAAGCCCGAGAGAGCUGCCCCCCUCGCCAACCACUGCGCUCCUUCAGAGGGGCAAAUGGCAGAGUGAGAGCCACAGGUCUGAAGAAUCGAGAACAUCACAGAGGUCCUAAUACUGGUAAACAGUUCUCACAACAGCGACCAGCCAGACAGAGUGGCAAGGAGCAGAACAUACCCCCAAGGUCACCAAAAUAACUUCAGGGAAAAUAAACUGUUGUAAAUAACUGUAAACAUUUAACUGUAAAUCAUUUAUAAACAUGAACUAAGGAAUAAAAAACAAAUAUUUAUGUAAAUAUAAUUAACAUAUGUAUAGAGGAAUGUUUCAUUUGACAGACUUUGUCAAAUCUAUUUAGAUUGUUGCAGAUCUAAAUGUAUUUGGAAAAACCCUUAAGAUUUUCUUGUAGGAAAUUGUAUGACAGGAAAAAGCAUGGUCUGCUGAAGAUUGCAGAUCAUUAGUGUGGGAAAAUACUUUAUUAAAAGUAAUCUUACCAUAACAGACUAUAUUUUAAAGUGGUUUGGCAUACUUGCUAUUGUACAUAGUGAGGACCAAAAACAGCAGAUUUUGUGACUGACCCUUAUAAAUUUCAAGGGCUUCUUGGUUAUGAAUUAAUGAGCAUACUUGGGACGAGUAAGGAAGCAAAAGAGGGCUUAUGUAUCUUUUGUAACAUGAGGUAAUAUAACAGCCUGCUUCUCAACAUUUAUGAAAUGACUGACUAGAACCAGAAUCAUUAUUUGUGUCAACAAAUGUGGCGCCACAAAUCUAAGAGUAGGUUUGAAUGUUGAAGAGGUAAUAUUCUGAUGCUCUGUGGCUGGUGUGGAUCAAUGCUCCUCAUCUACUGUUGGUGCUGGUGCAUACUUCAGCAACAUGGGCUGAUUAUUUUGAUUUUUUUUUUUUUUUUUUUUGAUUACUGGAGUAAAUUGUAGCUCAUAUCUAGUUAAGCGUGCACUAUAAAAGUUAAUCUCUUAACCUGUUCAGAGCUGGUGUGGUUGACAUCAUCGCCUGUCAAUAAGGGUAACUUAAAUUAAUAUAUGAAUAGUAUUUUCAGUUUAAGUAAAGCUAUGUGACUAGAGUAGUACCACUUAAAGGUGGGGGGACUAGCAUUUGUAUAGGGAAUUCUCAAAACCAAUGGAUCAUUCUAGAAGUAAACAUAAGGCUUUUUUUAUUAUUAAAAAAAAAAACUAACUUUACAGAACUUGAUUAUUCAAUUUUUGAUCAAAGGUCUUUUUCAAUUUAAUUUUAUUCUACAUUGAUGAUCCUCAACAUUUUCAAUUACACUUGAAAGGCUUUAUGAGCAUUAAAUCCUUCAGAAGAGACAAGGAUCACUGAUCUUUGAAUGUUCUUAUUGUUGUUGGGUUUUCCUGCUUUAGGAACUUGUAUUUUCUUUCACACUUAUGCUUUUUUGGGGGGGUAUUUGUCUUUUUGCUUUUGGAGUUUGCCUGUUAUGACUACGUUGGAUGCUGGUUUGUAAAACCAAUAACUUCAGGAGUAAGCAAAGUAACUGUAUUUUAGUGGUGUGAAUGGCACUACCUCUUAAUCAUUACAGAAUUGAAAGGGCUUUGGUUGUUUUUAGUUUAUCUUGUGGUUUUGUUUAAUUUGAGUAGUCCGCCAAGUCACAUGAAAAUGAACAUGUCUUACUUUGUAAAGCAGUGUGAAAUAAUGGACUUCCUCAGUAAGUACUUGGAAUCAUCUCAAACCAAACCUCGGGUGCCUUAUCGGAGCGCAGGAGUUGAGUAUAUUUGGUUAUACUUUAAAUGCUGAGCUGUUUUUCAAAACCCAACAUUGUCAGUUUAUGACACUAGGUAUUGUCCAAAGUUCAUCUCAAUUUAUUAAGUGUGUUUGUGUGUGUGUUCGUGCAGUCAUUUGUGCAGUUUUCUGUAUGAUAGUGUGAUGGCUUGUCAGAGUAAUUUAGUCUUGCAUCAGUAUCUUGCUUGUAACUAUAACAAUCAAACAUGGGGUUGCAAAUUCAUGUCAUAUUUUAUUACUGAGCCUGAUGUAUUAAAAAUAAAUUUUUUAUUUUUAAACAG